AUGACCCCAUACACGUCCUACGUCCAUCACACCAGCCAGCAGUCUACCCCCAACACCACACCACGACCCCCAUACCCGUCCUACGUCCAUCACACCAGCCAGCAGUCUAUCCCCAACACCACACCACGACCCCCAUACCCGUCCUACGUCCAUCACACCAGCCAGCAGUCUACCCCCAAUGCCACACCACGACCCCAUACACGUCCUACGUCCAUCACACCAGCCAGCAGUCUACCCCCAACACCACACCACGACCCCAUACCCGUCCUACGUCCAUCACACCAGCCAGCAGUCUACCCCCAACACCACACCACGACCCCCAUACCCGUCCUACGUCCAUCACACCAGCCAGCAGUCUACCCCCAACACCACACCACGACCCCAUACCCGUCCUACGUCCAUCACACCAGCCAGCAGUCUACCCCCAACACCACACCAUGA